AAGAUCCUCAGUGAAACACAAGACCAUGUUUCUCACUAUGGGGCUCAAGCCAAGGAAUCCUAUAAAAUGUUCUUGUCGUUUGGUGCUUGUUGGCAGCUGCAUUCUGUUAUAUUUGAGGUAUUUAGCAAACUUUGUUCCUGUGGACAACCUGCCGGCAAACAGAGAAGGAAAAUUGAGACAGAUCAUCAAUUUAGAUGACACUCUUCACUUUGGGGCCAGACAAGGGGUUGAAACACGUACAUCUUGGAAAGCUCCUAUCAUCUGGGAGGGGAUGUUUGACCCCAAUCUUUACGACCAGAAGCACAUCCAAAACCAGACGUCUGUGGCCCUCACCGUGUUCGCUGUGGGAAGGUACCUGGAUGCCUACCUGAAGACCUUCCUUACCUCUGCAGAACAACAUUUUAUGUUGGGAUUAAAGGUGACAUAUUACGUGUUUACGGAUCUACCAGAGAAAGUACCAAGUAUCGAGCUUGCUCCUAACCGGACAUUGAAGGUUAUCCCGGUGGAAAAGCACUCCAGGUGGCAGGACAUUUCUAUGAUGCGCAUGAAAACUCUAUCAGACGCCAUAGAAUCAGAGAUUCAUCACCACUGCAACUAUGUCUUCUGCUUUGAUGUGGAUCAGGAGUUUAAAGGAAGAUUUGGCUCAGAGGCUCUGGGGGAUUCUGUGGCUUUGUUACACGCAUGGUAUUACAACGCUCCAAACUAUCAAUACACCUAUGACAGAAACCCCAGAUCCAAAGCCUUCAUGGAAACCGGAGAUUACUACUACCAUGCUGCUGUCUUUGGAGGCUUGUUGGAAAAAGUGAAGAAUUUGACAGAUUACUGCUUUUUAAAUAUCAUGGAGGACAAACUGAACAAUGUGGAGGCUUUGUGGCACGAUGAGAGUCAUCUUAACAAGUACUUCUGGAUCAACAAACCAAGCAGGUUACUCUCCCCUGAGUACUGCUGGGACCAGGUUAUAAUGGAAAAGAGGGACAUAAACGUCACGCGCCUCAUAUGGGCACCUAAAGAUUAUGUGGGACUUCGUCCUAAGGAGAUUGGCUACAAAAAACACAAAUUAAUAUAACUUUGCAAGAAAGUUGCAAUAAUGUUUCCUUAAAGCUUUGUAUUGGAUUCUUCACUGUAUCUUCCGAAAAUUCCACUCUGGUAAAUCUAAAUGCUUUUCUUUGUUUUAUAAUAUGUAUUAAUGGAUAUGUCAAAUGUGUAAUUUAAAAAAAAAACUAUUUAAAAAAAAAUGUUCCUCUAAAGCAAUUUUCCAAAAACGUU